GGAACUCUUGCCCGUUAAUUUUCCUCCUUUGGCGAUCUACUUUUUGUUUGACUUCCGCUUGAGUUGUUCCUUUUUAAAUAAUGCUCUUUGCUUCUGCAUACCUUUUUUUGUUCAGUUUGCGGGUCUCUCAUACGGCCGAUGGGGACGACGUGGAAGCAAAACUUCAGUACGUGGACGAUGAGAUUGAUUACAAGGAUCCCUGCAAAGCCGCUGCCUUUUUGGGAGACAUUGCCUUGGACGAAGAAGAACUCCUCAUAUUCAAAGAUGCUCUCAGGACACAAAGCGCCCGACUAAAUAGCGCCGCAUCAGUCGGAAGUAAGCGGGCAGCAGUUAGGCAAAGCUCCCGUCAACAUCCCAGCGGACGGAGCAGCAGCAGGAGGAGGAGGAGGAGGAGGGCGGCCACCUCCAGAUCUGAGCGGAUUUGGCCCGACAACCUCAUCCCGUAUGUGAUCAGCGGUAAUUUCAGUGGUAGUCAGCGAGCCAUUUUCCGCCAGGCCAUGCGUCACUGGGAGAAGCACACUUGUGUUACGUUCGUGGAGAGGACAACUGAGGAGAGCUACAUUGUUUUCACAUACAGACCUUGCGGGUGUUGCUCUUAUGUGGGAAGAAGAGGCGGUGGUCCCCAGGCCAUCUCUAUCGGGAAAAACUGCGACAAGUUUGGCAUCGUGGUGCACGAACUCGGCCACGUGAUCGGUUUCUGGCACGAACACACAAGACCAGACCGGGACGAGCAUGUGAGCAUCAACAGGGACAACAUUCAGCAAGGGCAGGAAUACAAUUUCCUGAAAAUGGAACCCGGCGAGGUCGACUCACUCGGGGAACUGUAUGACUUUGGCAGUGUCAUGCAUUACGCCAAGAAUACGUUCUCAAGAAGCGUUUUCUUGGACACAAUUCUGCCCCGUUAUGAUGUUAAUGGAGUGCGACCCUCUAUUGGACAGCGGCUCAAACUUAGCAAAGGAGACAUUACACAAGCACGAAAACUCUACAAAUGCGCAAGAUGUGGAGAGACUUUGCAAGACAGCGCCGGAAACUUCUCCUCCCCUGAUUUCCCCAACGGCUACUCGGCAUAUGUUCAUUGUGUGUGGAGGAUCUCGGUCACACCCGGAGAAAAGAUCGUUCUAAAUUUCACUACCAUGGAUGUCUUCGAGAGUCCCUCGUGCUGGUACGACUACGUGGAGGUUCGAGACGGCUUCUGGAAAAAAGCUCCACCGAAAGGUCGUUUCUGCGGAAAUGCAGUACCAGAUGUGAUCGUCUCAAGUGACAGUCGACUCUGGAUUGAAUUUAGGAGCAGCAGUAGCUGGGUGGGAAAAGGCUUCUCGGCCAUCUACGAAGCCGUCUGUGGCGGCGAGGUGGUGCGGGACAGCGGCCAGAUUCAGUCCCCCAACUACCCCGACGAUUACCACUCCAACAAAAUGUGUGUGUGGAAAGUCACGGUGGCAGAGGGUUAUGAAGUGGGGCUCGCCUUUCAGUCGUUUGAGCUUGAGACUCACGACAGCUGCGCCUACGACUAUGUGGAAGUGAGGGACGGAGGCUCGGCACGCAGCCCGCUGCUCGGCCGCUUCUGCGGCUGCGACAAACCAGACGACGUCAAAAGCAGCACCAACCAACUCUGGAUCAAGUUUGCUUCCGACGUCUCGGUCAAUAAGGCCGGGUUCUCUGCCACGUUCUUUAAAGAGAUGGAUGAGUGUUCCCAACCUGAUAAUGGCGGCUGUGAACAGCACUGCCUGAACACUCUGGGCAGCUACAGAUGCGCCUGCGAUCCUGGAUAUGAACUGGCCGCAGACGGGUCAAGCUGCGAGACAGCAGCCUGCGGCGGCUUUCUCAGCGAAAUGAACGGCUCCCUCACCACCCCCGGCUGGCCUAAGGACUAUCCGCCCAACAAAAACUGCGUGUGGCAGCUGGUGGCGCCCAUCCAGUACCGCAUCACUCUCGUGUUUGACGCGUUUGAGACCGAAGGCAACGAUGUGUGCAAAUACGAUUACGUGGAGGUGCGCAGCGGCGCCGGCGCCGACUCCGAGCUUCACGGGAAGUUCUGCGGAGCGGAGAAACCCGAGGCCAUCGCCUCGCUGCACAACAUCCUGAGGGUGGAGUUCAAGUCGGACAAUACUGUCUCCAAGAGAGGAUUCAAGGCUCACUUUUUCUCUGAUAUGGACGAGUGCUCGCAAGAAAACGGCGGUUGCCAGCAUGAAUGUGUGAACACCAUGGGAAGCUACAGAUGUCAGUGCCGCAGUGGCUACACGCUGCACGACAACAAGCGCGACUGCAAGGAAGCGGGCUGCGAUCUGGCGCUAAACGGCGCGUCCGGCACAGUCAGCAGCCCCAACUGGCCUGAGAAAUAUCCCAGCAAGAAGGCCUGCACUUGGACUCUGUCCACCACUCCGGGGCAUCGGAUCAGACUCGCCUUUAAAGACAUCGACAUGGAGGCUCAUCUGGAGUGUGCUUACGACCAUUUGGAAAUCUUUGACGGGAGCGAUGUCCGUGCCCCGAGACUGGUUCGCGUCUGCGGUACCGGGAAGCCUUCUCCCGUCAUCUCCAGUGACAACGCCUUGUUCUUGCGUUUCUUCUCGGACAACUCGGUGCAGAAGAGAGGCUUUCUUGCCUCCUAUACAGCAGGCUCCUCUUUUUCACUCUCUAAUUUUGUGGUCGCUCCAGAAUGCGGAGGAAACCUUAGCGCUGAGGUCAAGACAAAAGAUUUGUACUCUCAUGCACAGUUUGGAGACAACAACUAUCCGGGCGGCUCAGAUUGUUUGUGGGUCGUCUCCGCCGAGAAGGGUUAUGGAGUGGAGCUUCUCUUUCAAGUGUUUGAAAUCGAGGAGGAGCCCGACUGCGGCUACGAUUAUGUGGAGCUCUACGACGGGGCUGACAUCAAGUCCCCGAGGCUGGGCCGCUUCUGCGGAUCGGGGGUCCCGGAGGAGAUCUACUCCGCUGGGGAUUCCCUGGUGGUAAAAUUUCACUCGGAUGACAGCAUCGGUAAAAAAGGUUUUCACCUGCACUACACAAGCACCAAAUUUCAAGACACUCUACACGUGAGCAAGUGAGUCUACGAAAGCCAAAAAAAAACCUUACUCCACUUAAACAUUUUGUCCGCCGCUCCCAUUCGAGGCGAGGAGCGGACAUGUGGAAUCGAACCCCAACACCCGCGAAUGUACCACUAACGACUGUUCGAGUGAAGCAAGAUGACAUAUUUUACUCCGCGUGUUACAGCUUUUGGAUAAACGCUAAGGACUAGUUUUCAACAAGGAUUUGGGACUUUUUUUUUUUUUUGCCUCACACAACCUUUUUUUGUGGCCUGGUGAAGAUUUAAAAUGCAGACGUGGUGGAAAAUCAGCGGUUCUUUUUACAUGAGAUCCAGUGCAAGAGCCGUCUCGUGCUUGGUAACUCGUAUAAGAAAUUGAUUGGGCACUUUUAGCGCCGACGUUCAGUAAAUAUCCUCGAGUUGGGAUGAAUUGCGUCGGAUUGCGUUUUGGGUUGAGCAAAAGCGCUUGCGGCAGUGUCGGCGAACGCGGUUGAUGUUGUUCAUUCUGUGCCGCGUCGCGUUUUGUCUGCGGUCACAUGAUCACGUUUGAUCAAUGCAGUCGAGUUGCUUUGAGUGUUUCGGCACAUUGAGUAUGUGGGUGUGGGUGUGUGGGGGGGGGGGGGGGCAAUGUUAGUCCCGCUAUUUGCUUUACUUGCACUAAAAUGAUUAACCCGCAAUUUUCCUGUCACCUUCUUCAUCGCCAGUUGUGAUUUUGUCUCAAGCUCGUAAUCGGAACAUUGUGUGACGUAGCUACCGACGGAAAAUGUGGUCGUUUGUUGUUCGUAUAAUAACAAUAAUAAUAAAUCAGACAUUUUCCAAAAUGACAAA